UGUGUGUAUUGGGAGGAUAGGAAAGUGCAUUCCCAGGACGUUAAAGCUAAAAGUUGUAUCUCCCAUCAUCUCAGUGACGUAACACCGGAUCAACGUGAGAUAGUAAUCGCCUUCCCUCGAUUAUACUAUUAAUUAUAUCCACGAUAUGGCAGAUCAGCUGACAGAGGAACAUAUCGCCGAAUUCAAAGAGGCGUUCAGUCUGUUCGACAAAGAUGGCGAUGGUACCAUAACAACCAAAGAGUUGGGGACAGUGAUGAGGUCACUAGGUCAGAACCCGACGGAGGCUGAGUUACAGGACAUGAUCAACGAGGUAGACGCUGAUGGAAACGGUAUAAUUGAUUUUCCGGAAUUCCUUUCAAUGAUGGCACGAAAGAUAAAGGACUCCGAUAGCGAGGAGGAAUUGAGAGAAGCAUUCAAAGUAUUCGAUAAAGAUGGAAAUGGCUUGAUCAGUGCAGCUGAAUUACGACAUGUAAUGACAAAUUUAGGAGAAAAACUGACAGACGAGGAAAUUGAUGAAAUGAUCCGAGAAGCUGACAUCGAUGGUGAUGGACAAGUCAAUUAUGAGGAAUUCGCGAAAAUGAUGAAGACGUAACAACCUCGCCUACCGCUUGUACACUGCCAUCUCACCGUAUGACCAUUGUUACUUUCUCUGCCGUCAUCUCAUACUUGUGAAUCCAAUUUCUUUCACAUUCCCAUCAGCUAGGGGGUUCAGGCAAAAAAAUACUUCAGGGUCUUUGUAUCUCGAAUUGACAACAACAUUCGAAUCAUACAAUGCAUAUUUGAUAUAUAGAUAUAUUAUUUGACGAAAUGUUAAUCGAUGUUUGUUUUUGUAUUAAACAUUUUGUUUUAGUUUGACUGGUUUUAUCUGAUAAAUUAUGUUAAUUGUCGCCCUUUUCUAAUCUUUAUAAAUACGUAACCUGGUUGGCAUCCUAAUUUCUUAUAGAUAAUAUACAACAUAGAUGACUUUAUUUAGCAAGAAUUAAUAGAAAUGAAAGAAGGA